CCAAAAAUGACGAAAAAAAAGGCAAAGAAGAACCAGAAAACCGGUGCCGCUGCAGCGCCACCGCACGAGUCGCAAAAAAAGGAAAAAGAAAACGAUUUCGAGAUGCUGGAGGAUAUAAAGCGAGACGAGGACUUGUUCUUCUCGGAAACUGAUAUUUCCAAUAUUUCAAACUUUAUUCGCACCACAAACAAAUCCUUCAACUCUCUCGGCAACACAUUCGUCGAACAAUUCACAAAUCGCUGCUCUCUAGCCAUUUUUCAGGCUCUUGCCACAUGUUUUGAGAUUCAUUCUGAAGAAAGGGAUGAUGUGAUUCGUCGGUUGAAUAUUAUUUAUAUAGUAUGGCGCCUGCCCGAUCUCGAGCCGGAACUUCGUCCAAAACCGCCGAAAAAUCUGAGCGACGUGUACUCCCAUCCGUACGCCACGUUUCUUUUUGCCGCCGAGCAAAUUGAGCACCGAAUUGAGGCGAUGCUUGCGAGAAUUAUCGUCAGCAACAAUAUAAAUCAGGUCGAAAAGCUGACGGCACCGGAUUUUAUUCAAAAAGCGGCGGCGGGGGGAUUGACGGUGGUGGUGGAGGGCAUCGAUCGGACGGGUUUUGUGGAUUGGUGUGAAGCGAAUACGGAUCAUUGGCCAGAAGUUCAUGAUUCGGUGGUUCCGUUGCCGAAAGCGAUGCGGGAGCUGGGAUGUGAACGAAAGGACUACGAAUCAGGAAUGGCUGAAGCUUUCUAUCCAAUAAUGCACAAUGCUCCAACACAACUCCCUCCCAGAAUGGAAGCUCUCGAGCAAGAAGAUCCAAUUAUUCGAGAAUGGCGGCUUAAAGUAGAUCCAGAGAAUACAUCAGCAACGCCAGUGAUCUAUUCAAUGUGUUCUGGUGAUAAGAUGCAGGAAGAGCUUAUGCAGGCUUUUGAUGAGCUCGAGCCGACCAUCGCCGAGUACCAAUCAGAUCUGAUCGCCGGAAUGACAGCUCCAGAGUUAGAAGAACUAAAUAAACAAAUCGAUUGUGAUGAUCAAAUGUCUCAAUCAUCAGACUCGGCUCCACCAUCAGAAGUGAGCUCAGAUUUGGAGCUUGACACGGCUCUGGAUAUUCGUGAUGGAAUGACAAUGCCGCUGGUGGAUUUGAAAGAUGAAGUUAUUGAAGGAUGUGUUGAUCGAAUUCUUGAUGGAACUACUUUGACAACUUCCAAGUCAGAUAUGAUGAUUCAAUUCGUUCGAACAGCUCUGAUAACUCAUCCACAAUACGAUCGGCUUCUGCAGGCUUCGGUGCUCGACGAGAAUAUUAUAAGCUUCAUCAGAACAAAUGUCAAGUUUGCUGGCGCUUUUCUUGUCAGAAAUGCGCUCAGUGAGCAGGAUACGUGCCUCCUUUUUAAGAGAUACAUGCGUCUCUGCGAAGGGGUCAAUUCAACUGUUCACUCACUGGAAACAGUGCUCAAACUCUCAAAAGAAUUCAUAGAACACGAUAAGCUUACUCAAGAGCAUCGAGAAGUUGUUCUGGCAUUUGUUCGUCACACGAUUAGGACUUGUGAGGGUGAUCGGACCGUUCGGCUUGUCGCAAUGCUUGUGAAGAAGUUGCUCCGCGAGCGGGUGCUUAAUGUUGAGGACAUUGCCGCGGACGUGAAGCCAUUCACACUGAAAUACACUGAUAAUCGAGAGUGUACAGCACUCUAUCAAUCAAUGAUUAAUAUGCAAAAUGGUGGUGGUGGAGGAGGACAAGAGAAUAUGACUACAUCAACUACUACAACCACCACUACCACAAAAUCAAGCUCUCCAAACUCACUGAGCACCACCACAACGACGACUUCUCAUAAUCCGGGCGCAUCGGCCACCACCACAACCACUACGGUAGUGAAGACGUGUGGGCCGGCGACGUUUAAACAAACGUCGAGAAAAGUUGUGCUUCAGUUCAAAAAUCCGUCUCAAAAUGCACAUUUUUGAGUGUUUUGCCUGCAGAAUCAUCGUCUCUUCCUCUUCCCUCUUUUCAAAUUUAUUAAGAAAAUCAAUCGGUUUUUUUUUUUAAUUAAAUGUGUCUCAUUUGCUCUUUUGUAAACUCUGCCGCCGCCCCAAUUAUCGCGUCGGGACCAUCAUCAAAUUUCUCGAUAAUUUCAUCAAAAAGUGACACUCACACAGUUGUACAGGCUUUUGAAUCGUCGAAAGAUGUAAAAAAAGGCGUUUUUCAACGCUUUUUUGUUCCAGAAAAUGCCGAAAAAGGAGAAAAUCGAAAAAAAAUAGAUAAAUUUGAUGAAAAAUGAGUUGUUUAAUUUAUUAUAUUUUCCCCAAUUUCCCCAAUUUUCCCCCCUAAAAAUUGUAUUUUUCUCCUUCUUUUUUUCAAAAAACUGAGAAUCUCACGGGCUUUGCUUUGAAAAUUUUGUUCUUAAAUAUUUGAUUUAUUCCGAUGAAUUAUCUACAGAUU